UAGGUAAUAUGUGCCGUUUUAGAAAGAGGCAGAGGCUUGCAAGAAGAAAGAAAGAAAGAGAGAGAGAGAAUAGUAACUCUCGCACACUCUCACAACAACGCAUACUAUAGCGAGUUUGGUAAGAGUUGUUUAUGGCGAUUUGAUCGAAGGAGGUAGUGCAUUAAAAGCCACCGUUUGGAAUUUUAAUGUCUACUAUAUAUAACUUCCGCUGAGCUUUAAGACUCAGACACCCAUAUCACGAGUAUUUACUGCAAAACGUUUCGAUUCACCGGUUCACGUCGUUUCGGGUGGCUGCAAGUAGUGUUAGUAUUUAAUACCUCUUACCUUUUCCCUGUGCUGAGCAGAGGGUUAUUCUUUCCUCGCUGGGUUUCUCAUUCAAGCUCGCAACAUACUUUUCCACAAAUGAUGGAGUGGCCAGCAUGUACCGAUGAGUACGAGAAACUCGUAAUUCGCAUGAGCACCCCCAGGGUUGUCAUAGACAAUGCCGUGUGCUCCACUGCGACAAUAGUCAAGGUUGAUAGCGCCAGAAAGCAUGGGAUCCUUAUUGAUGCCGUACAAGUUCUCUCUGAUCUUAACCUUUCAAUUAAGAAGGCUUACAUUUCUUCUGAUGGCAGGUGGUUCAUGGAUGUUUUCCAUGUCACGGAUCAAAACGGAAACAAGCUCACAGAUGAGAGCGUCUUAAGCUAUAUUGAACAGUCACUUGGUAGCAUUCACAAUGGAAAAACCAGUCACUCAAACGGUCUCACGAUCCUUGAAUUAACCGGCACUGACCGCGUUGGUCUUCUUUCGGAGGUGUUUGCUGUUCUGGCUGAACAGCAAUGUGAUGUGGUCGAUGCUAAGGUUUGGACUCACAAUGGCCGGAUUGCCUCCUUAAUCUACGUGAAAGACUCCAAUUCUGAGACUCCUAUUGAGGACUCUCAGAGAAUCAGUACCAUUGAAGCACGUUUGAGAAAUGUUUUAAAGGGUGACAACGAUAUUAGGAAUGCAAAAACUUCCGUCACUAAUGCUGUUUUGCAUGCCGAAAGAAGGUUGCACCAAAUGAUGUACACUGACCGUGAUUACCAGAGGAAUCCCAUUUUCAAAUUCUCUUCUGAUACCCCAAUUGUCACCGUCCAAAAUUGGGCAGAAAGGGGUUAUUCUGUCGUCAAUGUUCAGUGCAAAGAUCGAGUUAAGCUUUUGUUUGAUGUCGUGUGCAAUUUGACAGAAAUGGAAUAUGUUGUGUUCCAUGCCACUAUCAAGACAACAAUCGACCAAGCGUAUCUGGAGUUUUAUAUAAGACACAAGGAUGGCACCCCAAUUAGUUCAGAACCAGAGCGACACCGUGUGAUUCAAUGCUUGCAAGCUGCAGUGGAGAGAAGGGCAUUUGAGGGUGUUAGGCUAGAGUUAUGCACCGAAGACAGACAAGGACUUCUUGCAGAAGUGAUGAGAACUUUCCGAGAAAAUGGGCUGAAUGUGACAAGGGCAGAGAUAUCUACCAUAGGGGACAUGGCAUCAAAUGUUUUCUAUGUAACAGAUGCGAUAGGAUACCCUGCUGAUCCAAAAAUCGUGGAAUCUGUAAGGCAGAAAGUAGGGUUAAGCAAUUUAAAAGUCAAGGAGUUGCCAUUGGUAUGCCAUGAGAAGGCAGAAAGGGAGGAUCAACCAGUUGGGGUUGGUGGGGCAGUGUUACUGUGUCUGGGGAGCCUCGUGAGAAGGAAUCUUUACAAUUUGGGUUUGAUAAAAUCUUGUUCUUAAAAAAGCAGAAAGGGGCGGAAUUUAGUAGUGUGGGAAGAUAUUUGCCACUUUCAGAGCACAAAUAUUCUUUGCUUGAGGUUUGGGCUUUGUGUACAUAAAAAGUGAAGGGGGGAUUUGGUGAUAGUAGUUGUUGUUCGUUGGUUGGGGUUGGAUUUGGUAGGUGAAAACUGAUUCAUAUACAGCUGGAGGGGAUUGUGUCCCCACCCUUUUAAAUGCUCUGCGUGAAGAGGGGGAAGUAUUUAAGAGAGUUUGGAGUUGCAAAAGAGGUUGUCGGCCAUGGUAAAAUUUAAAUAUACUAGUAGAGGACUAUUGGAUUCUUUGUUGGCACAGAAUAGGUAGAGGCAGAACAAAUUUGGUUCAUACACUACAGCACAAAAUUUGUACAUAACGGCGUAUCAAUUAAUAUCAUUAUUAAUUUAAUGUCUUUAUGCACGCUAUUUAAGUUU